AUGAAAGAGUCGCCGGAGCUAUUAGUAACGCCGGGAGAUAUACUCGGAGAUGCGACUGAGCUUAAAGCUGGAAAAGGAGCUUACGUCAAUGACACCACCAUCUUGGCUUCCCUCACCGGAUUGUUCCUCCUCUUCCCCAAUCCCUUGACCAGAGAGCCAUUGUUGAAGUUACUGGUCACAAGGCACAUGGCCUUAUUCCGGAGCCUGGUGAGACAAUGGUUCCGAUAA